AGACAGAGAAACGCGAGUUCUGGAGUUAGUGAAAGUGUACUGUUUUGCCUUAAGAGUCUCGCAGUGUUCGAGGCCGCGAAAUACUUAACAAGCAUGUCUGUCUCACAAAGGAAUUACAACAUAAAGCAGGAAAUAUAUAUUCGAAUAGCUGAUGACGAAAAUGAGGAGGCUAUAGAAAUUCCAGGAGAAUCAGAUGGCACCAUGUUAUUGUCCAGCGUUACAGCCCAAUUUGCUGGGGCAUGCGGUCUCAAGUAUAGAAAUGCUGACACUCAAACAAUGAGGGGAGUGCGAUUGGUUGAAGGUACAUUUCAUCCACCAGAUGGUUCGUGGGGAUCACAACUUUAUAUUGUUGUUUAUCCAAAAGAUAAUAAACGAAAGAUGGAUGACACUGAAAGUCAAGGAAUCCGCAGUAAAAGGCCGGCACAAAAAUGCUCGGACCUAAUUGUUAUGGGAUUACCUUGGGAAACAUCUGUCAACGAUUAAAAACAAUAUUUUGGACAAUUUGGUGAAUUAGUUUUGGCACAACUUAAAACUCAUCCUGAAACAGGAAAAUCGAAAGGAUACGGCUUCAUAAAAUUUGCUGAUUAUGAGGUUCAAAAGAGAGUUACAAGCAAGCGUCAUCAGAUAGGAGGAAGGUGGUGUGAUGUGAAAAUUCCAUAUUCCAAGCAACAACAAGGGCAAUCCCAGCUAAGUAACAGGAUAUUCGUUGGACGAGUGACAGAGGAUAUGACUGAUGAUGACUUGAGAUCUUAUUUCCGGCAGUUUGGUGAAGUCACUGAUGUAUUUGUUCCAAAACCAUUUCGUCCUUUUGCAUUUAUUACUUUUGAUGAUGAAGAUGUGGCCGCAAGUUUAUGUGGGGAAGAUCAUAUUAUAAAUGGUGUAAGCGUAUUUACAAGCUCUGCCGAUCCAAAAUCAAAAUCCCCUGCACAGAAUCAAGGUUUCAAUAAUAACAUGGGUGCAAGUGGAGGGGGAGCCAGCGGUGGAUUCUACAGUAGUGGCGGAGGGGGAUUCGAUGGUCGUAAUCGACAAAUGCGAGAUCAUGAAAGGGGAGGCUGGAACAGAUCACAUGGAGGGGGCAGUAAUCCUAUGGCUAGCAACAGUGGGUAUUCUUGUUAAACUAGUAGUAUUCAAUGCUAACAAUUGCUACAUAUUUUUCAGCUUUCGAAAGAGGUAUAUUUUGCAUGAAACUAGCCCCAGUAUUGUUAGUAUAAACAAGCCAAAUAUAAAUAUUACUGAUAUCAUAUAGAAUGAACCAUGAGUAUGACAUCCUUUUUUCUGCAAC